AUGAUUCCGAGUCUAAUUUUAGAUCGACCACUUAACUAUCCUCGCCUCGCUUGUCUUCGUUGUUUUAGUUUGGAAUCACUUCGCCCUCCUUCACCAUGGACGAAAAUCUCUCCACUGUUCUUCAUUCUAAGGGCGAUCUGAGGAUGGAAUGUCGGCCCAUCCCAGAGCCAGGCAUUGGAGAAGUUCAAUUAUCAAUGCAGGAUGUAGGCAUUUGCGGAUCUGAUGUCCAUUACUGGACUCAUGGUUGUAUUGGCGACUUCAUCCUCACUUCUCCAAUGGUCUUAGGUCAUGAAGCCAGUGGAGUGGUCACUAAACUGGGCGAGGGCGUAACUAAUUUAUCAGUUGGUGACCGUGUAGCCGUAGAACCUGGUGUACCAUGCCGAUUAUGCAACUACUGUAAAGAGGGGCAUUACAACCUUUGUCGAAAGAUGCGAUUCUGUGCGACACCCCCUGUUCAUGGUACCCUUGCCAGAUUCUAUUGUCAUGCUGCAGAUUUUUGUUACAAGCUACCUGACAAUGUAAGUACCGAAGACGGAGCCCUACUGGAGCCACUUUCUGUUGGAGUCCAUGCUUGUCGAAGGGCUGGAGUUGGCAUCAAUUCAACUGUUUUAAUUUCUGGGGCAGGUCCCAUUGGACUUUGUUGUUUUCUCACAGCAAAAGCAAUGGGAGCAGCUAAAGUGUGCAUGACAGAUGUUGACAGCCAGCGCCUGGAAUUUGCCAAAAAGGUAGGGGCUGACCAUGUUCUCUCUGUGAGAGCAGGUACUUCCAAAGAACUUGCUUCUCAGAUUGAGAACCUCUUGGGGAAAAGUCCUGAUAUUUCACUUGAAUGCAGUGGGAACCCUGCUGGUUUAAAAACAUCUAUUUUGGCAACAGCCAGUGGCGGAUGUGUUGUCAUGGUUGGCAUGCAACCUGAUGAAGUUACAGUUCCUUUGUUGAAUGCUGCAGUCCGUGAAGUAGACAUAAGGGGCAUUUUCAGAUAUGCAAACUGUUACCCAAUUGCCUUGUCAAUGAUAGCUUCUGGCCAAGUGAAUGUCAAACCUUUAAUUACACAUAGAUACAAACUGGAAGAGAGUCAGAAAGCUUUUGAACAUGCUCGCACUAUGAAAGAUGGUGCAGUGAAGAUUAUGAUUAAAUGCAGUUAGGGACAGUUCUUUUACUGAUUUAUUUUUGUUUGGGGUUGUGUUUUUUUUAACCCCUUUAAUUUUAUAAAACCAAGUAUUAUUUCUCCAUCUUUCUAACCAACUAACUUGAAACAAUUUCCACUGAAUAGAUUUUAAACCAAUUACCUUUUAUUUCCUUGUAUUAGAUGAAAUGGUAAUGGCAUGGUUGUCUGUCUUCAUUCUCAUAUCAAGGGAUUUUAGAAAAAGAAAGAUAUAAGAAAAUUCCCACUUUAUUUGAGGAGAGAUUUAUGAUAAUUUUUAUCAUAUACAUAAUAUGAUUAUAUAAAUAUAUACAUACAUAUAUACAUACAACAUAUAUAUGUGUGUGCGUAUAUAUAUAUAUAUAUAUAAUUAUUAAUUUGGGUGAAAUUUGUUAUGUACCUAUUUAUUUAGAAAAUUUUUUGUUGAGUUUUUUUUUCUUUGUUCAUAAAAAGUAUGUUUUACUAACAUUUUCUUACACAAUGACGAUGUGGUAGAAAGCUGAAGGAGUUCAAUUCUCCGACACUGCCAUAUCUCUGAGUCAAUUACAAAUCACAGAUGAAAAUCAACUUUUGUUGGGGUUUUUUUCCUCCCUUUUAUUACACAAUCUUAUUCUCCCCUUUCUUUAUAAAUUGUGUGGCAUAGGGAUUAAAUAAGAUAUCGAUUUAUUAAUUAUAUUAAAAAAAUGUUUUAAUUAGCCAUUUAAAUCGAAAUUUGAAAUGAAAAUUUAUUUUUUAAAUCUUUUUAAAAGAAAAAUGACAAAUGAAAAACAAUGUUUUAAACAUUUCCAUAAAUAUUUUUGUUACAGUUCCUUGUUUAUGUUUGUGUCUCAAAGGAGGUGAAAAAGUCAAAUCACACCUGAGACUGUCAUCUACUUUGAAAGACAGACUUACAAUAAGACAAGAAUAUUUGAGAUGGGUUGAUGGGCAGGGAAGGUUACAUGGGGCGGGGGGAGGAUUGUUGCCAUUUGUCUCAUUUGAAGUGCUGGGUUAAUCAUGUUCUUGUUUUUGGAAAACUGUUAUUCAAAGAAGGAUACGCAACUAAUUAAUUAAGUGAUGAUCAGAACUAAAACAAAAAAAUUGAAAUUAUUAAAAAAGCAACAACGGAAAUGUAUUUUUCAAGCUAAAUAUUUUUAUCAUGAAGAACUGACAUCUUAUUGAAAGUACAGAUUUAGGAAUUAGGUUUUAGGCAAGCUGUAAUUCUAGUGUGGACUGUCUGGCAAGUUGGGUUUCUAUUCCCAAUUGAAUAAAUUUCAGUUUGUUUGUGCAACUAAUGUUCUUUGAAAAACACCCAAAUCUCAUUCCAGUCUCAUCCUAUGUAAAAUUUGUAAGCUUUGUACUCACCCAAAGCCCAAUUUUUUUACUUACCUUAAAAAUGCAAUUUAUCCAAAAAAAUUUUAUUUGGUUUUUUUUUUUAGCUUUUUAGAAUUUUAAUUUUUUUAAUAUUUUUGUUUCCCCCUUCCCUCAUAACAUUAGGGUUUUAGAACUUAGUCAUUGUAAAAGCAUAAUAGCCACCACUUCCUCUUGGUUUAGGUUUCAUUUUGAGUGUUUCUUUCUGUUUUGUUUAUAAUGUGUUUAGAAUAUUAAAAAACCAAAAACUUUCAGUCAGUUCUUCCAAAAAGAAAAAUGUCCAAGAAAUAUUGGUUGUUUUCGAAUUAAAAUUCCUUCUUUAUUUUGAGACUUGAAAUGUGAAUAAACAUGGCAACACUUGAUCAAAUGUUUUUAUUUUA